AGUGCGUGUGUGUGAGUGUGUGUCUUGCGUGUGUCUGUGUGUUACUGCCAGCCGUUGAAGGAUUAAACCGAAAUAAAAGAGACCAAAAAAAAAAAAAAUUAAGUUUGACGAGGAAAAACAAAAAGUGGAUUAAAGAGAAUCACUCGAAAAUGCUGUGGUGAUUUUUGAUUUUUCUCUCUUUUUUUUUUCCGUCUUCGUCCACAUUCCAAAAGAAGAAUCUCAGCCUAAAAACUAAUCUUGACUGGAAAACAAAGUCAUCGCCAUCGACACUGGACUCGGCAGGAAGGAUUAUUUGAUUUUGACGAGGGCAAGGAGGCAAGAAAGAGAACGUCAUGGCGCUCUUGUCUCGCUGUGGUUGGUGGUUUUCAUCAUCCUCGUCGAUAUUAUUAUUCGUCUGGACUUUGAUUGUCUGCCUAAGUCUGACGGCUCAAGCUCGUGCUCCCGCCGGUGACCAGAGAAAGUACCGGACGGCGUACGCGUGCGAAGGGUCCAUGUUGACGUUGUCUUGCAGCGACAACAACGAGGUGAUCAACCUGCUGCGGGCCAACUACGGCCGUUUCUCCAUCACCAUCUGCAACGAGCACGGCGACACGGACUGGUCCGUCAACUGCAUGUCGCAUCGUUCUCUACGCGCCCUACACUCCAAAUGCAAUCAGCAGACUAAUUGCAGCAUUCUGGCCAGCACCAACGUCUUCGGAGAUCCGUGCCCAGGCACGCUCAAGUACCUCGAAGCCCACUAUCAAUGCGUUCCAGCGACGCCCACAUCUUCGACAGCCAGGCCGAGGCCGCCUUGGUUCAGCUCGGUCGGACCGUCCAUCUGGAACACGUUGGGCUUGCAAAAUGCCUCGUCGACGACGACGACGACGACCACAUCCAAUCCGAUGGUGUUGUCGACGUCGACCGAACAAGCCGAGAUAGUCCCCGCGGUCGUCGGCAACGCGACGUCGCAAUUGUCGACAACGGCCAUUUUGGAACAGGGCAACGGCACGUCCACCGCGUCCGCUGCAGUGACGACGAGUUCGACCACCGGCAAGCCGUCAACCACGACGACGACGACAUCGACGACAACUCCAUUGCCUAAUCUCUUAGUGGAACUGACGGAAGUCACAGUGCUCGUCCCCGAUUUCCCCGGCCGUCGUCCGCAAUCUUCUUCCUCGUCGUCCACUCCGCUACCGCCGACCACCUCGACGCUGUCCAUUUCCGGUUUCGAAGACGAUCAAGAUCUCGUCGGACUGGACGACGUCGUCGUUGGCGUCGACAAAGAAAACGGACACGAUCUAAAUGGCGAUCUCAUUACCACUCCCGGUUCCAGUACGACCGCUGCCAGUAGUUCGAGACCGAAAAGCUCUUCAGACCACAAAUCACAGCGGCCACCUGGUGGCGUUGAUCACAACAUGUACUGCCAGCCGGCCGUUACGCGAGGAUUGUACUGGAACUGGACCCGAAGUGGCGACCAAGUCGUUCAACCUUGCCCCGGAGGUGCGACCGGCUACGCCAGAUGGUUCUGUUCGGCCGGCCAAGGAGCCGCAGCGUCGGCCGCUUGGUAUCCAUCGUCGCCCGAUCUCAGCGAGUGCAAGUCGGUUUGGUUGACGAGCCUGGACUCGCGGAUCGGCGAAGGCGACUCGAUCAUUUCCAUCGCCAACGAUUUGGCCCAAGUGACGCAUUCCAAGACGCUCUACGGCGGCGACAUGAUGGCCGCCGCCCGUCUACUCCGACAAAUGGCCCUGAAGAUGGCCGCCGACCUGCAGGCAUUCCCCGACUGGAGACAGCGCGAAGCCAUCGUCACGGAGCUGGUGCAGAGCGUCGUCAGGGCCGGCUCCAGCCUCCUCGGAUCGGCCCAGUCUCUGGCGUGGAGGGAUCUCGGUCUCACCACGCCACCCAUCGGAGCCGGAACAACAACAACAGCAGCAGUAGCGGUAGCGCUACCGCCACAAGCACCGUCGGCUACCCUAAAUUCCGCAUCGUCUUCUUCGUCUGCGGAUGCCGAUGAAGUGGCAUCCGUGGAUCCGCAUUACUACGCCACUCAACAGAGGGAUCAGCACGCCAGAACGACGGCCACGGCCCUGCUCACCGGACUCGAGGAGAACGCCUUCUUGCUGGCCAACACCAUCUCGCGGCAGAAAUCCGUUUUCCAGUCAUUCGACAAUAUCCUCAUGUCCGUCCGAGUGCUGGACAUGAGGAACAUCAACGAGCUGACGUUCCCCUCGGCCGAGGAGCUUCAAGUUUGGAAAUCGAAAGAGGACUGGAUCACUCUGCCCGCCGAGGCCCUGCUGGAGAACAGCGACAACGGCCUCGUCCGCGUCGUCUUGUUCGCCUAUGAGCACAUGGAGGACAUUCUGAGCCCGACCAGCAUGAACCAUCAGCUACACAAUCAUCACCACUCGCACCGCGAUCAGGCGACCGCGACCGGUUCCGGUUCCGUUUCCUCUCCCAACCGCCAACAACAACAACAACAACAUCAGCAGCAGCAGCAGCAGCAGCAGCAGCAGCAGCAGUUUGGCCAUUAUUCGGAGCAGUACAAUGCCACCCGCAUCGUCAACUCUCGGGUGAUUUCCGCCUCGCUGGGCAAGGGCCGUCACAUCCAGCUGCCGCAGCCGGUGACGAUCCGCUUCCAGCAUCUGCGCCAGGAUAACGUUUCCAAUCCGACGUGCGUCUUCUGGGACUACACCAUCAGCGGAUGGUCGGACGAAGGCUGCAGGGUGCUGGCCACCAACCGGACGCACACCCAGUGCCGAUGCGACCACUUGACCAACUUCGCCGUAUUGAUGGAUCUCCACUCGACUCCGCUGACGUCGCUCCACCAGAGGGCUUUGGCCACCAUCACCUACAUCGGCUGCAGCAUCUCGAUCGUCUGCCUGGCCCUGGCCGUCGCCGUCUUCACCCUGUGCCACCGCCAGCUCAAGUCGGACCGGAACACGAUCCACAAGAACCUCUGCCUCUGUCUCUUGCUGGCCGAGAUCGUCUUUCUCUCGGGCAUCAACGCGACGCACGACAGGAUCGUCUGCGGCCUAGUUGCCGGCCUCCUCCACUUUUUCUUCCUCUGCGCCUUCAUGUGGAUGCUCCUGGAAGGAUUCCAGCUCUACGUCAUGCUGGUCGAGGUCUUUGAGUCGGACAAGUCGCGCGUCAAGUGGUAUUACCUCUGCGGAUACGGAGUGCCCGUCCUCAUCGACGCCGUCUCCUCGGUCGUCGAUCCCUUCAGCUACGGCACUCUGGAUUACUGCUGGCUCAGGGCCGACAACUACUUCAUCUUUAGCUUUGUCGGGCCGGUCAUUCUCAUCCUCGCUGCCAAUUUCGUCUUCUUGGGACUGGCUAUUUGGGUCAUGUACCGCCAUCAGACCACGUCAGCUGUCAUGAAGAGUAAAGAGCAAUCGCGUCUGACUAACGCCAGGGUUUGGAUCCGUGGAUCGUUCAUCUUGGUGUUCCUCUUGGGUUUGACGUGGACUUUUGGUCUUCUCUACUUGAGCGAGUCGACUGUGGCCAUGGCCUACGUCUUCACCAUCCUCAACAGUUUCCAGGGCGUCUUCAUCUUCUUCUUCCACUGCUUCCAAAACGAGCAGGUCCGCAAGGACGUCUACAAGGCCCUACACCGGCACGGAUGCUUGCCGUCCAGCUGCCUGGCCGGCAACUCGUCAUCGUCCAGCACGUCGGCCACGUCGCCCAGCACCGGAGGCAAAGACAAUCAGACCAUUUUCUACGGAUCGAGCGGUGCCACCUCUGCCGGCGCCACUCUGACGGCCAGCGACGCUCUGACCACAGCCACUUACAUGCCCCAGCCGUGGAGAGGUCCCGCCGACGUGACCCUGGUUGCCCCCCAGCUCAGCAACAACAACAGCAGCAUGCGACUCAACAACACCAAGAACAGCCAAUUGCGAUCCAGCGCUCGAACACUCAAACAGCAGCCAAUCAUCAACUCACCUCACGAACUCGAGAAUGGAUCGUACAAAUCGUACGGACGUGAUUCUGGCAAUGGCAGCUCGGAACAGGAUGACUCUUCUCCCCGUCAGCAGCAACUCCGCGCCCAACAGCCGCUGGUUCAGCAACAAGUCCAACUUCAGCAGCAACAACAGGCUUUGCUCCAGCAGCAGCAACAGCAACAGCAACAGCAGCAGCAGCAACAACAACAACAACAACAGCAACAGCAACAACAGCAAGCCAACGGGAGCAUGAACCGACCGCGGGGCAACAACUACCCUCAUCCGGUGCCCAAUCCAGCCCUCGCCGAAGGAGCCGCCAUGGACGCCCAGCUGAUUGCCCAAUUCCGCGACAACACCCGCACCUCUCCGCUCCGACUGGCCCACCACCACCAGCAACACCUGAGGGGAUCGAACAAGCGCAGCCGCUCCGCUUCGCCGUGGAACCACACCUACAUGGAGAUCGAUUUGAGAAGAGCCGGAGGAGCCCGCAAAACUUUGGCGGAGGAAGCGGAAGAGGAGAACGGAAUGGUGUCGGAUCCCGUCUACGAGGAAAUCGAGCGCAACGCCGGAUGCGGCGGCGGAGAUCUCUGUCCGUGCAGCAACAACCAGCAGCACCAGCUCCAGCGCGGCCCGGCCGUCUUGCACUACCAGCAGGCGUCGGACUUGAGCGACGAGGACCGGAGACAGAACAGCAGCGACGUCAGUCGGCAGUCGUCUCGCUCCUACGGCGACAGCCGUCCGUUGAUCCCACUGCAGCAGCACCACCACCACAACCACGGGCACCAUCACCACCAGUUGAGCAGCCAGAGCCAGCCGGGCGGGACUCACGACCUGUUGACGACCAUCAGCUGCGCCUUCAAUUCGCCGCACCUGAGGACCAAGCACCGCCAUCCGAGUUUGAAUCAGUUCGACGCCGCCCAGCAUUCGCACCCGGCCAUGCCGCCCAUCCACAUGGGCUUUGAAGGAGCUCCCCAUUUCGACGCCGACCGCUACAGCCAGCGGCCCACAUUGUACCCUUACGAGCAGGAGACGGGCCUGACGGCUCUCAGCCUCAUGAACGGCGAGCGCAUCUUUGUGGCCAGUGGUGCCGUGCUGGAGCAGCAACGCAGUCCCGCCAUCCAGAGGCCCACUCUGCCAUUCACGGAAUGCUGAACGCGUUUUCCAAACGACGAAGAAGAUGGAAAAAAAAAGGGGAAAAAAAAAAAAAAGGUAAUGAUCGGAGUUAGAGGAAGAGGGAUGUUUGCCAUGACCAGAGAUGAUUCCCACUGGAAAAAAAAAAAAAGAAAAUUUCUCAUCAUGUGAUACAUAAAAACUUUGCGUAUGUAAAUAAUCAGAGGCAAAGAAGAGAAUUUCUCAUCUUCUUUCUUUCAUUUUUUCUGUUGAAGAAACGGAAAGAAACGAAGAAAAAAAAAAAACAAGAUUUAUAUUUAAACAAGCGUUUUCAUUGUCGUUGUCUCCCGUUUCCCCUGAAUGUCCUGAGUUGAUUGACGUGUUUUUUAGUCAAAUUUUAUAUAUAUAUAUAUAUACACACACACACACAACAAAAACAAGAGAGAAAAAAAAAAAAGAAGCAGAAUUAUAUCAUCCCUCGUCUCCCCAAAUCUUCUCCCCUCCAAUUGACUUGAUUAUUCCGUGUUAUAAUUGUGUUUGGCUCCCGUUUACUCCAAUUGUGUCGACGAAGAAAAAUAUUUAACAAAAAAAAAUCAUUUAACUAAGACGACCCUGCCAACUUGUACUGUUUUCGUGUAUAAUGUCGAUUGCGACGUGCCUGUGUCUAUGUUUUCGGUGGGCGCUGUUCGGCUUUGAUAAAUAUGGCGGACUUUUUUUUCUGUUUGUUUUGUUCUUUUUUGUACAAAAUUCGAAAAUUCCUGAAAAUUUGUUUGUUUCUUUGUGUUUGACAAAUACACAACUUGGUCUGAACUGUA